GUGGGCAGCCAGGCAGAGCUUCUGGAGGGAGGGUCUAACAUUGAAGGUAAACUUCUCUGCAGUGAAGGAAGCCAGAGAGUGAAACACAACUGUUCAGAGUGUAUCCCGCACCCUGACACCCAGAAGAUAAGGUGUCUCAGGAGCUUGUGGAACACUACGCUCAUUGCUCCCCGUCCUCAUAUAGAUUAUUCCACUCUAGACUCCAGGGAAUUGUAGUUCGGCUGGUAAAAGCGAAGAACGAGAAGGUUUCCUGGUGUGUAAGGGGAGAACAGCCAGUGGAGAUCCUUCUAUGCAGCACAUCUGGAAAGCAAAGUCACAGCACAAGUCUAAAUGUUGGAAGCUGUGCAGAAGUGAAGAGGGUGUGUAUCUAAACUGGACUUGGAUGCUGUAGAAAGAGAAAUAUUUUCUGAAUUCAAGAAGAGAAUGGCGUGCAUUUUCCAAAUGUGGCAUGCUUGUGUGCUGCUUACUUUCUUGGGAUACCUGUACCCUUGCAAUGCAUCAUUUGAAGGCAGCGCCUUUCACUUGGAGGCUGAAGGUAGCACUUCUGCCAUCAACAGCAGGCAAGACCCCAAUAUUAUAGACAUUCAGCAAUCUUACAUUCCUGCCAGGCUGAUCCCAUUGUCACAGAGAUGUCAACUAGGAUUUUACUACUCAGUGUCUGGAGAAUGUUUGCCAUGUACAUGCAAUGGAAACUCAGAUAAAUGCCUGGACGGCUCGGGAUCUUGUUUGGACUGUCAACGAAAUACAACCGGGAAGCAUUGUGAAAGAUGCCCAAUGGGAUACAUGGCUGAUGUGGUUGAAGGCGUUUUAAGGUCUUGUCUUCAGUGCCCCUGUCCACUGCAUUUUAGCUCCAACAACUUUGCUCUUACUUGUUCAUUGAAGAGAGGUUCAGUACGUUGCAUUUGUAAGGAGAAUUUUGCUGGACCCAAAUGUGAAAGGUGUGCUCCAGGCUAUUAUGGUAACCCUCUGCUGAGAGGCGGCACAUGUAAAAAAUGUGACUGCAGUGGAAAUUCUGAUCCGAACUUGAUUUUUGAAGACUGUAAUGAAGUAACAGGACAAUGCAACAGUUGUUUUCACAACUCCACUGGAUUUCAUUGUGAGCGUUGUGCACCAAGCUAUUAUGGAGAUGCCAAAGUAGCCAAGAACUGCACAGAAUGCAAGUGUUCUAAGUGUGGCACCGAAUUCUGCAAUGACAUCACCGGGAAAUGUCACUGCAAACCAGGUGUCACUGGGACUGCCUGCGAUCAUUGUCAAGUUGGGUACUAUGGCUAUGACAGUUGUUUGGGCUGUCAGAAGUGUGAGUGCAGUGCCGCCUCCUUGGAUAACAACUGUGACCCCAUAACUCAACAGUGCAGAUGUAGACCUGGCACAGGAGGUCUGAAAUGUGAUAGAUGCAAGGCUGGAUAUUGGAAUCACAGGCCAUCUGGCUGUCAGAAAUGCAACUGUGGCGGUGGUCCGUGCGACAACAGAACCGGCGAGUGUCUGUUAGAAGACCCUGAUUCCCCAAGUGGAUCUGAUUGUUCAUUCAAUUGUGAUAAAUGUAUCUGGGACCUGAUUGAUGACCUCCGGCUCAGCUCAUUGCUUGUUAAUGAGACUAGGUCAACUAUACUGAGUAUAUCUACUGGAGUGGCAGUUAAUAGACUUCUUGACAACCUUAAUUCCUCUGUCCUUCUUUACAAGGAAAAACUAAUAGAGAAGAAAAAUAAUUCAUUGUAUGAAGAUCUUCAGAUUGAUAAUGUUGAAACCGAAGGAGACAUUCUUCAGGGAGAAGUCAAUAAGCUUGCAGAGAAGGCAAAGCUAGCAGAGAUAAAAGGCCAGGGGAUACACAAGAAAACCAUGGAAACACUGGACCGUGCAAAGAAGACUGCAGAGCAUGUCAGUGAUAUAGAAGACGGCGUCCAAGAAACAAUAGCAAAAUUCCAGCAUUAUGAAUCCUUACUAGGAGAGGUCAGUCCAUCUGAUCGUGUUAAGACCAUGAAGGAAGCAGAACAAAUGCUCAAGGACCUUUCACUACUAAACUUUGAUUUACAAAGGAAGCAAGCUCUGGACGAGACACAAAAUGCAUAUUACUUGUUAACAGAGGUCCAGGAGGACUGGCUGCAGACGCAAAACAAGACUCUAUCUCUGUUCCCUUAUGUGCUGGAGCCUCUCACUGAACACAAUAAGAAGCUCGCCGACCUUCAAGACGCCUUAAAGGAAGCUCGCAAGGACAUAAUGAACACUGCAGAUAAAAACGAGGAAAACAGCGACAGACUACACAUGCAUGAUUCCCAGACAGCGAACGUGAACAAAGCCGCAGCAUCUGCCAGCAACACAAUAACUGAGGCCAGAAAGACAUUGAAUGACACUCACGAGAUCGUCGCAGGCAUUACUGAUUUGAUCAAGAAUCUGUCUGGUCAUCACGCUGAAAUAGAUGGCGCUCAUAAUGGUCUUCAAGAACGAAUAGAUAACUUGACUGGUGAUGCUGAAGAUCAAGUACAGAGAGCUGUAAACCACACCCUACAACUCCAAAGACAAGCUUACAACCUGGCCAACAAUUUAAAAAGUGUUGAUACAAAUGGAUUGGUCCAGAAAGCAAUCAAUGCCGCCAACGUUUAUGAGAACAUUCUAACUUUGGUUGAGGAUGCCAACGAGACGUCUGUCAUGGCACUGAACACUGCAGAAAGAGUCCUAGAUGCUGUAGAUGUUAUUAAUAACCAGAUCGAAUAUCAAAAAGUGGAAGGAGACCGACUCCUAAUUGAAGCGAUAGAAUUGCGGGAACCCUCUGAUUUAGGUUUGUCAGAGACAAAACAGCGGGUCAGUGCUGCUGCAUUAAGAAGGGCGGCCUUGAAUCAUAGACUGGAAAAUGUUCUUGCUCAGAUUCAAGCCACUGGGGACGAUGAUACCAGAAAACAGCUAGAGAAAACCAAGCUCUUGGUGGACAAGGCUCUAAAUGUCACUGCUGUGGUAUCUGAGGUGACUGACCCAAUGGAAAAAAAUGUAAACAUGUGGGCAGAAAACCUAAGUAAUUCCAAUUUUGAUGCCUCCGAUUACAAUUCUGUUGUUAACUCAGCCGGAGAAACAGUUAAGAAUUUGACAGAAGUGAUGCCAUUGCUCCUAAAUAAGCUACGCACUGUAGACCACAAAUUCCCUGCUAACAAUAUCUCAUCCAGUAUUAACCGCAUCCGUGAGCUGAUCGCACAGACAAGAAGCAUAGCCAGUAAGGUUCAAGUAUCAAUGAAGUUUGAAGGCAAAUCAGCAGUUAAUGUGAACUUGAAGACAAACGUAGCCGACCUGAAGGCUUAUUCCUCUAUCAUUAUGUACAUUAAUCCAGAGGCCCGCCAACAAGACAGAUUUAUUAUGUAUCUAGGAAACAAAAAUGCCAAAUCAGACUACAUGGGUCUUGCAAUUAAGCGUAAUAGUCUUGUAUAUGUGUACAACCUGGGAAAAGGAGAUGUAGAGAUUCCAUUGGACUCCAAACCUGUCAAUACGUGGCCAUCAUACUUCAGUCUUGUGAAAAUAGAAAGACUGGGAAGACAUGGCAAAGUGCUUUUAACUAUACCCAGUGAGAGCAGUACAGCAGAGGAGAAGUUCAUUAAGAAGGGCGAGGCUUCUGGAACUGAUUCUUUGCUUGAUCUAGAACCUGAAAACACAGUCUUCUACGUAGGUGGUGUGCCGGAUGGAUUUAAGCUCCCACACAGUUUGAACCUACCCAGUUUUGUGGGUUGUCUGGAACUUGCAUCUGUGAAUGAUGACGUUGUCAGUUUAUACAAUUUCCGGGAAAAAUAUAACAUAAAUACAGUCACAUCACCACCUUGUAGGAGAAAUAGGUUGGCUUUUACCCAAAGUCGUGCGGCCAGUUACUUCUUUGAUGGUUCUGGUUAUGCCGUCAUACGUAAUAUUGAAAAGAGAGGACGUUUUACCCAAGUUACUCGUUUUGAUAUUGAAGUUCGAACACCUGUAGAUAAUGCUCUUAUUUUCUUGAUGGUUAAUGGAACAAAGUUCUUUAGUCUGGAAAUCCAAGAUGGCUACCUGAGGCUGUUGUAUGACUUUGGAUUCAGUAAGGGUCCAGUUCUUCUAGAUGACUCGAUGAAAAAAGCACAGAUCAAUGAUGCAAGAUAUCAUGAGAUUUCUGUAAUUUAUCACAAUUCCAAGAAGAUGAUCUUGGUGGUUGACAGAAAACAUGUAAAGAGUGUUGACAAUGAUAAAACCUCAAUUCCGUUUACUGACAUAUUUAUAGGAGGAGCGCCUUCACACAUUCUGCAGAGUAUGCGGACACACCUGGCUGCAGACGUAGCCUUCCGAGGAUGCAUGAAAGGUUUCCAGUUCCAGAAGAAAGAUUUCAAUCUGUUAGAGGAGCAAGACACUAUUGGUAUCAGUUAUGGAUGUCCUGAAGAGUCCCUGAUAUCCCGCAGUGCGUAUUUUAGUGGGCAAAGCUUUUUGGCAUCUAGUCAAACACUGUCACCAUUUGAUGCAUUUGAAGGAGGUUUUAGCUUUAAAACACUACAGCCUAGUGGACUGUUGCUUUAUCAUUCUGAUGGGGCUGAUGUUUUUUCAGUUUCAAUGGAUAAAGGUUCUGUAGUCUUAAAUGUAAAAGAUAUAAAGGUGCAGUCGAAGAAAAAACUAUAUAAUGAUGGGCACAAUCACUUUAUUGUUGCUUCAGUCUCACCGACAAGUUAUCAUCUGCUAGUAGAUGAGACAGACAUCAGUUCCCAGGACCAGGACAAAAAGGACAUAAACCUCCCCGUUGCAAGAAAGUUCUACUUCGGUGGCUCUCCAAAUGGUGUGUCACAAGCUAAUUUUUCAGGGUGCAUUAGCAAUGCAUAUUUCUCCAGAAUUGACAGAGAUGUGGAAGUCGAAGAUUUUCAGAAAUAUACAGAAAAGGUUCAAGUGUCUUUGUACGGGUGUCCUGUUGAGGCACCCCCAAUUGCUCUGACCCAUAAACGUGGCAAAAACUCUUCAAAACCAAAAGGAAAACAAAAGCAUAGAAUUGGAAAACAUAAAGCAGAUCCUUCACACAGAAUUAUUGGUAGUAAGAACAUAAAGAAAGAGGAGGAACCAGAUGUUGUCUCUCAAUGUUCAUCACCAAGCAGACCAAGAGCAGUCAGAAAUGCUUAUUUGUAUGGUGGAACUGCUAACAGCCGUCAUGAAUUCAAACACAUUCCUAAACAAUUCAAUGAUAAGUCUGAAUUAACUUUCCGCUUUCGGACACAUUCAUCACAUGGAAUGAUCUUCUAUUUGUCAGAUGAAGAUGAAAACAACUUUAUAACUCUUUUCCUUGCUUCUGGCCAACUACAUUUUAAGUUCAAUGUUGGUGAACAAAAGCUGACAAUUAAGAGCCAAGAGAAGUAUAACGAUGGCCUAUGGCACACGGUAAUAUGUGUCCGUGAUAUGAAAAAGGGUAAACUAAUAAUCGAUGGUCUACGAGUGCUUGAAGAAAGACUUCCUACUAGUGAUGAUGUUUGGAAUGUUACAGCACCUCUUUACAUAGGCGGUGUAGCUCCCGAGAAAGCUAUGAAGAAUGUACAGAUCAAUUCAGUGUACAGUUUCAAUGGCUGCCUUGGAGACCUGCAGCUCAAUGGGCGCUCUGUUACUACUCCAUCCCAGACAUUCAGUGUGACACCCUGUUUUGAAGGCCCCAUGGAAUCCGGAACCUAUAUUUCUUCAGAAGGAGGAUAUGUCAUUCUAGCGGAAUCCUUCGAUACCGGGGUAAAAUUUGAGUUUGUAGUAGAAGUUCGUCCAAGGAGCAACUCUGGCAUUUUGUUCCACAUUCAAAAUACGUAUGAAGAAUAUAUAAAUCUGCACAUGAAGGAUGGACAGGUUGUAGUGAAAGUGAAGUUUGCCAGUAAAGAGUUCUCUACACAUGUUGUUCCGAAGCAGAGUCUCUGUGAUGGACAAUGGCAUAGAAUUGCAGUUAUAAGGGAUGCAAAUGUGGUGCAACUGGAUGUGGAUUCUGAGAUAAACCAUGUUGUUGGACCUCUAAACAGAAAGCUAGUCAACCUUAAAGAGCCUGUGUUUGUUGGUGGUGUGCCAGAUCCUUUGCUUGCACCAAGUUUGACUACAAGAAAUUCAUUCACGGGCUGCAUCCGCAACUUUGUGAUAGACAAGCGUCUAGUGAGCUUCAGUAAAGCAUCUUUUGUCAAUGGGGCAGUCAGCAUCAAUACUUGUCCUUUAUUCUAAGUCACUAUGUACAAUAAAAGUUUGUAUAUGUUUA